CUUCCCUUCAUCAUCUUUCUCAUUCUCUCUACCUCCUUUCUCAUACAAUAACCCACCAUUUACCAACUCAAUAACCACCUUAAUUGUCUUCUUUCAACUCCUUGUGCUCUAUUCAUUCACUCUUUUGUAUUUCCCUAUAGAAGCAGAUAUGGUAGCACCUUUCCCAAUUUCCACUCGAAGCGAAAAGAUUUUACCCAUUGACCUUCCCGUGGUAGACCUAACCGCGGAAAGAUCAAUGGUGACAAAACUCAUUGUGAAGGCGUGUGAGGAAUAUGGUUUCUUCAACGUGAUUAACCAUGGCAUUCCUCGUGACACCAUAGCUGAAAUGGAAGAAACAGCUUUUGAUUUCUUUGCCAAACCAAUGGCUCAAAAGAAACAACUUGCCCUCUAUGGCUGCAAGAACAUAGGCUUCAAUGGAGACAUGGGAGAGGUCGAGUACCUUCUCCUCAGUGCUACUCCUCCCUCUAUUUCUCACUUCAAAAACAUCUCCAAUAUGCCAUCAAAAUUCAGCUCUAGUGUGAGUGCAUACACAGAGGGUGUGAGGGAGCUGGCAUGUGAGAUUUUGGAGCUAAUGGCAGAGGGUCUGGGGGUCCCGGAUACAUGGUUUUUCAGCAGGUUGAUCAGGGAGGUUGAUAGUGACUCAGUCCUUAGGUUCAAUCACUACCCACCUAUUAUACUUAACAACAAAGAUUGCAAGGACAACCACAACCACACCAAGGUAAUUGGCUUUGGGGAGCAUUCUGACCCUCAGAUUCUUACCAUCCUCAGAUCCAACGACGUGGGUGGCCUCCAAAUCUCUCUUCAAGAUGGUGUGUGGAACCCAGUUGCCCCUGACCCCUCAGCUUUCUGUGUUAAUGUGGGUGAUCUCUUACAGGUUAUGACAAAUGGGAGAUUUGUGAGCGUGAGACACAGGGCCAUGACCAACUCACACAAGUCUAGAAUGUCGGUUGCAUAUUUUGGUGGUCCACCACUUGAUGCAUGCAUUGUUGCUCCCCCAGUUAUGGUUACACCCGAGAGGCCCUCUCUUCUCUUCAAGCCAUUUACUUGGGCUGAAUACAAGAAAGUCACCUAUUCUAUGAGGCUUGGAGAACACCGCAUUGACCUUUUCAGGAGCAACUAGACUAAUAAUAACACUUUAAUGUUUUUGCAGUAAUAGUAUAAAAUAUAAUGUUAUAUUAUAGUUAUGAUUAAAUAAUCGUAUUAGACUUCUUACAAAUUAAUACAUAGCUUUUUUUUUGGGGUGGUG